CCCUCCCCUCCCCCCUUCCCGGACUCGGGGGGCUGCGAGCGAGCUGCCAUGUGAUGCGCAUCCCCUCAGCCUGCUCUCGGUGACCCCAGGACCGCCCACCACGCCGGCGGCCGGGAGGGGGCUGCGGGCUGGGAAGACGCAGGCUAGACCGGCUCAGGAGGACGAAAGUUCCCGGGAAGCUGUUGUCUGCUUCAGGAAGUGAGGAUUCUGGAACAAGAAGGACUUUCAGGAGCUGCUUCACACUGUGACAUGUCUGAUCCCUUGUGCCUGUCCCUGCAGCAUGAACAAGGUGAACACUCACUGAUCUAUCACAAGGCUGCCUCACCGAGCUUUGGGGUCCAUGUCUGAAUGGAUUGCUGUAGCCUCCUCAUCUCUUCCUCUGCCCAGCUACCGGCAUCCUAAGACUCGAAGCCAGGACAGGAUCUGGGGAAAUUAUAUGGUUUGAACGGCAUGUCUGUGGAUGAGAAGUCUGACUCCCCCAUGUAUGUGUAUGAGUCCACAGUCCAUUGUGCCAACAUCCUCCUGGGCCUCAAUGACCAACGGAAGAAGGACAUUCUCUGUGAUGUGACACUGAUUGUGGAGAGGAAGGAGUUCCGAGCCCACCGGGCUGUGCUGGCUGCCUGCAGUGAAUACUUCUGGCAAGCGCUCGUCGGACAGACAAAAGAUGACUUGGUGGUCAGCUUGCCUGAAGAGGUCACGGCCAGGGGCUUUGGGCCACUGCUGCAGUUUGCCUACACUGCCAAGCUGUUACUCAGCAGAGAGAACAUCCGUGAGGUCAUCCGCUGCGCCGAGUUUCUGCGCAUGCACAAUCUGGAGGACUCCUGCUUCCGCUUCCUGCAGACGCAGCUCCUGAACAACGAAGAUGGCCUGUUCGUGUGCCGGAAGGACAGCGCGUGCCAGCGCCCCCAAGAGGACCAUGGGAACUCUGCGGGGGAAGAGGAGGAGGAAGAAGAGACAAUGGAUGCAGAGACAGCAAGAAUGGCUUGCCCCACUGACCAGAUGCUCCCGGACCCCGUCAGCUUUGAGGCCACUGCCGUUCCAGUAGCAGAGAAGGAAGAAGCCUUGCUACCUGAGUCUGAGGUACCCGCAGACACCAAGGAAAGCUCGGGAAAGGACGCGUUGACUCAGUACCCUAGAUAUAAGAAGUACCAGCUUGCAUGUACCAAGAAUGUCUACGGUGCACCCUCUCACAGUACCUCAGGGUUUGCAAGCACAUUCAGUGAAGACAGUCCUGGCAAUAGCCUCAAACCGGGGCUCUCCAUGGGACAGAUUAAAAGUGAGCCACCCAACGAAGAGACGGAGGACGAGAGCAUCACACUCUGCCUGUCCGGAGAUGAAACUGACAUCAAAGACAGACCAGGGAAUGUUGAGACGGACCGAAAACAGCCCAGCCCUACCCCUAUCCCCAGCACCCCGACUGGAGCCGCCUGCCUGGACAGAUCCAGGAGUGUGUCCUCGCCUUCCUGUCUCCGGUCUCUGUUCAGUAUCACAAAAGGUGUGGAGUCGUCUGGCCUGCCCAGUACAUCUCAGCAGCACUUUGUCAGGAGUUCAGCAUGCCCUUUUAACAAGGGGAUCUCUCAGGGUGACCUUAAAACUGAUUACACCCCUUUCACAGGGAAUUACGGACAGCCCCAUGUGGGCCAGAAGGAUGUGUCGAACUUCACAAUGGGGUCGCCACUCAGGGGGCCUGGGCCGGAGGCUCUCUGUAAGCAGGAAGGAGAGCUGGACCGGAGGACUGUCAUCUUCUCCUCUAGCACAUGUGACCAAGUGAGCACCCCACUGCAUUCGUAUUCUGGGGUGAGCAAUUUGGACAAAGACCUCUGUGAGCCGGUGCCAAAAAGUCUAUGGGUAGGAGCUGGCCAGUCCCUCCCCAGCUCCCAGGCCUACUCCCACAGUGGACUGAUGGCUGACCACUUGCCAGGAAGGAUACGGCCCAACACCAGCUGCCCGGUGCCAAUCAAAGUCUGCCCUCGCUCUCCUCCGCUGGAGACCAGAACCAGGACCUCCAGCUCCUGUUCCUCCUAUUCCUACGCGGAGGAUGGGAGCGGGGGCUCCCCCUGCAGCCUCCCUCUCUGUGAGUUCUCCUCCUCACCCUGCUCCCAGGGAGCCAGAUUCCUUGCCGCAGAACAUCAGGAGCCAGGCCUGAUGGGAGAUGGAAUGUACAACCAAGUCCGGCCCCAAAUUAAAUGUGAGCAGUCGUAUGGAACCAAUUCCAGUGACGAAUCUGGAUCCUUCUCGGAAGCAGACAGUGAGUCGUGUCCUGUGCAGGACAGGGGCCAGGAGGUGAAGCUUCCUUUUCCUGUGGAUCAGAUCACGGACCUUCCUAGGAAUGACUUCCAGAUGAUGAUUAAAAUGCACAAGCUAACCUCAGAACAGCUGGAGUUCAUUCACGACAUCCGCAGGCGCAGUAAGAACCGCAUUGCAGCCCAACGCUGUCGCAAAAGGAAACUGGACUGUAUUCAGAAUUUAGAAUGUGAAAUAAGAAAGCUGGUGUGCGAGAAAGAAAAGUUGUUGUCUGAGAGGAAUCAACUGAAAGCAUGUAUGGGGGAACUGCUGGACAACUUCUCCUGCCUCUCGCAGGAGGUAUGUCGGGACAUCCAGAGCCCAGAGCAGAUCCAGGCCCUGCACCGGUACUGCCCUGUCCUCGUACCCAUGGAGCUUCCUGGAGCCAGUGUGAACCCCCCUCCUUUGGGAGCCGAGCAGAGCCUUGCACCCUCCCAGUGUGCAGUAGGAGGAAAUGUCCCCUGCUGUCUGGAGCCAGGGGCAGCUCCCCCUGGCCUCCCCUGGGUGCCCAGCAACACCUCUGAGAAUUGUACCUCUGGGAGGAGGUUGGAAGGUACUGACCCUGGGACCUUCUCAGAGAGAGGACCUCCUCUCGAAGCCAGGAGCCAGUCAGUGACGGUAGACUUCUGCCAGGAAAUGACUGAGAAGUGUACAACAGACGAACAGCCGCGGAAAGAUUAUGCCUAGCCAGUAUGACGGACUCUGCCCCGUCCCCAGCCUCCACAACCUCUCCACAUC